AUGGACACUUCAAAUGCAGCAGAAGCAGGAGCUGGUGAGACAAGUGGACGUGGUGGUCAGACAGUUUGGGACAAUGAAAAGGACGGUGUUGCAUAUAGUUAUGCAAUGUUCCACUUCAUGAUGUUCCUUGCAACCCUCUUUGUGAUGAUGUCAAUCACAAACUGGUUAGAACCUAACCAGGUUACUGGUAUACUUCAUGUUAGUCUUGCAAGUUUCUGGAUCAAAGCGAUACCAACACUAUGUCCGGGUACUGACGAUGACUUUUGUCAUCUUAUUACUGGUUAUGGGGCCGUUUAUAGGAUGUGCUUUUCUCUGGUGAUCUUUUUCUUUGUUUUCUUCCUAUUUACGAUCCGAGUGCAAACGUCCGCUGAUUUCCGAGCUAGGAUCCAUAAUGGUUUUUGGUUCUUCAAGAUUCUUGCAAUAAUUGGCCUCAUGGUUGGCGCCUUCUUUAUCCGUGAUCCUCAAUUCCUUUAUGUUUGGAGAAUCUUCGGUCUAAUUGGGGCAUUUGUUUUCACUUUCGUGCAAUUGAUUCUUUUGAUUGAUUUUGCGCAUUCUUUGAAUGAAAGGCUUAAAUCAGCUUAUGAAGAAACUGGAAACAGACUUUACGCUUCUGGAGUCGUAUUUCUCACUAUCAUGUUUUACUCCAUUACGAUUGCAGCAAUUGUCUGCUUUUAUGUCUACUUCGCAUCUGGACCAACUUGUCAUUUUGGCAAAAUUCUAGUCAGCAUCAAUUUGUUCCUCUGCGUUAUCUUCAGUAUCAUUUCCAUUCUUCCUUCGGUGCAAGAUAAGCUACCCACUUCAGGUCUACUUCAGUCAUCAUUUAUUUCCGCCUACAUCAUGUACUUAACUUGGUCCGCCUUGGUUAAUAUCCCUGAUGUCAAGUGCAAUCCCACUUUGCGCACGAUCAAUACGACCAUCACGUAUGAGAACGGCACAACCAUCGAGGUUGUCUCGGCUGAUUUGAACUUCGGCUGGCAAACUUGUGUCUCUCUCAUCAUUCUCCUCUGCUCUGUUGUCUACUCUUGCAUUCGUAACUCCACGCACGACAAAGUUGGGCGUCUCACGUUUUCUGGAAAUAUUGACUCAACAGGUGCAGCUUCUUCAAGUAGAUUCGGCACAUCGGCUUACGACCAGGAUGGCCAGACAGUUUGGGACAAUGAAAAGGAUAGUGUUGCAUAUAGUUAUGCAAUGUUCCACUUCAUGAUGUUUCUUGCAACCUUCUUUGUGAUGAUGUCCAUCACAAAUUGGUAUUCCCCCGACACUCGUACUGGCAUACUCUCUGCCAAUCAUGCCAGCUUCUGGAUUAAGGCGGUCAGUUCUUGGGUCUGCGCAUUGAUUUACAUCUGGACCCUCGUUGCUCCACUUCUCUGCCCCAAUAGAGACUUUACUUAG